UGUGUAUGCGGCGUGGUGACGUCACUGACCCGGAAGUAGCCGCGCAGCUGUGUUGUUGUCGCAGCUCAGCUGAUCUUUGGGAGAGAAUCAGCCUUCAGAUAGAAACAGCUUUUAUUGUUGUUUAUAUUAUUAUUAAUUUGUUGUUGUUGUUUAUCCGCCAACAUGAAUGUGACUCUGGCAGUGAAGCAAUACAUCUCUAAGAUGAUCGAGAGCAGCGGAUCCGGGAUGAAGGUCCUGCUGAUGGAUAAAGAGACGACCAGUAUAGUGAGCGUUGUGUACACUCAGUCUGAGAUCCUGCAGAAGGAGGUCUACCUGUUUGAGAGGAUCGACUCUCAGAACAGAGACAGCAUGAAGCACCUGAAGGCCAUCUGCUUCCUGAGACCCACCAAGGAGAACGUGGAGCAUCUGAUCCAGGAGCUGCGCAGACCCAAGUACAGCGUCUACUUCAUCUACUUCAGUAAUGUGAUCAGUAAGAGUGAGAUCAAGGCUCUGGCUGAAGCUGAUGAACAGGAAGUGGUGGCUGAAGUUCAGGAGUUUUACGGAGACUUUAUCGCAGUGAACCCUCACCUCUUCUCCCUCAACCUGCAGGGAGUCGCCCGGGGCCGCAGCUGGGAGCCCUCGAUGUUGCAGCGCUGCGUUCAGGGUCUGACCUCGGUGCUGCUCGCUCUGAAGAAAUGUCCCGUGAUCCGCUACCAGCUGUCCUCUGACAUGUCCAAACGCCUGGCCGAGAGCCUGAAGGGAAUCAUCACGAAGGAGUACGAGCUGUUUGACUUCAGGAAGACGGAGGUUCCCCCCCUGCUGCUGAUCCUGGACCGCAGCGACGACGCCAUCACCCCGCUGCUUAACCAGUGGACGUAUCAGGCGAUGGUCCACGAGCUGCUGGGUCUGAACAACAACAGGAUUGACCUGUCUCGGGUGCCGGGGAUCAGCAAAGACCUGAAGGAGGUGGUCCUGUCUGCGGAGAACGACGAGUUUUACGCCAACAACCUGUACCUGAACUUCGGGGAGAUCGGCACCAACAUCAAGAGCCUGAUGGAGGACUUCCAGAAGAAAAAGCCGAAGGAGCAGCAGAGGCUUGAGUCUAUCAGCGACAUGAAGGCGUUUGUGGAUAACUACCCCCAGUUUAAAAAGAUGUCGGGCACCGUCUCCAAACACGUGACGGUGGUGGGGGAGCUGUCCCGCCUGGUGUCCGAGCGCCAGCUGAUGGAGGUUUCUGAGACGGAGCAGGAGCUGAGCUGCCAGAGCGACCACUCCAACGCCCAGCAGAGUGUGCGCCGGCAGCUGCUGAACCCCCAGCUCUCGGAGCUGGACGCCGUGCGACUGGUGAUGCUCUACGCUCUGAGGUACGAGCGCCACAGCAGCAGCAUCCUGCCGGCGCUGAUGGACGAGCUGAGCCGGAGGGGCGUGUCCGAGCGCCACCGCAGGAUGGUGAAGGCGGUGGUGGAGUAUGGCGGGAAGAGAGUCAGAGGAAGUGACCUCAUCGCUCCGUCAGACGCCGUCGCCAUCACCAAACAGUUCUUCAAGGGCCUCAAGGGAGUGGAGAACGUGUACACACAGCACCAGCCUCUCGUACACGACACUCUGGAUCAGCUGAUCAAGGGACGUCUGAAGGACAGUCAGUUCCCCUACCUGGGAGCCAGCACCCUCCGAGACAGGCCUCAGGACAUCAUAGUGUUUAUGAUUGGAGGAGCGACCUAUGAAGAGGCUCUGAGCGUCUACAACCUGAACCGCAGCAUGCCAGGGGUCCGCAUUGUGCUGGGGGGGAGCAGCAUCCACAACACCAAGAGCUUCCUGGAGGAGGUGAUGUCAGCGGCAGGUCAGAGUGGAGAGAGAGCCCAGGGGGGCGGUCGCCAAGGCAACAGACGCUGAUCACGACAGAGACCAUUAACAUUCCUGUGUGUGUGUGUGUGUGUGUGUGUGUGUGUGUGUGUGUGUGUGUGUGUGUGUGUGUGUGUGUGUGUGUGUGUGUGUGUGUGUGUGUGUCUGUACCGUACUACUUCAUCACUGUUUAAGUGAAAUAAACCCAGAUUAAAGAUG